CGAUGCAAAGAAUAUGCUUACCUCAUUGGCCACUAGUCUAAUGUCCAGAGGCUACGGCACGACUGGAAUGGGUUCCCAAGUGGUCUCCCUCAACGUGACCAACCUUCUCAUUUUGGUUCUGCUGAAAGCGCUCAUCUUUGCUGCCGCUUCUUUAGCUGGGCAAAAAGGUGGAGAUCACUUCGCGCGUUCUGCCGAUGAAGAAAGCGGCCGUUUCUUAACCGACGAAGAAGUGCUGAUGUUCUUAAGCUAUCUAACAGGCUCUCCAGGGGAUAACGGAUGUUUGCAGAACAUCGCCUGUCAUCAGCCAGUUCAAGCGAAGAAGUACGUGAAUGCUGGCGACGUUUUAUUGAAAGCAGCCAAAAUGAUGGCUUAUUCAACUGAUGAUACUUACGAGUAUGUGAUUAAAGAGGUGGAUCAUGCAGCCAAUGUGGGCAUUGCAGGGGGAAAUUGCAAUAUUUUUAAAUGCGAUCAAAGUAACAAUAGAUAGUUCAAAGAUGUAGAUUUAGAAUAAAAAAUAUAUUGAGUA